AUCAACAAUUCAUACAAAAUGGUGGUGGUAAUGGGAAUUCAUCAAGAAAACGAAAAUAUUCAUCAAUGUUGGGCACUAGAUUGGCAAAUAAAAUGACUACAAAUACGUUAUUGAUGCCAACAACAACAGCAGCAGCAACCCUAAAUCAAUCAUUACCACAACCACCAUCAACAUCACCAUUAACGACAAUGUUAAUGGCACAACAUCAUAUUGAUCCACAACAAUUUAUUUCGGGACAUCAUAACAAUAUUAAUAUUAAUAAUAAUAAUGGCAAUAAUCAACAAAUGUCUAAUGGUGGCCAUCAUCAUCUUAAUUAUAAUAAUAAUAAUCAGCCACAAUUAACACAAGCAGCAUUUGCAGCAGCAACUGCUGCAUUAGCAACAGCAGCAGCUGCAGCCGGUAUGACUGUUAAUCAAUUAAUUGCACAGUUAAUGGCACAAGCAAAUCAACAGCAAAUGUUUUUACAACAAGUACAAGCUGAUCUUUUACAACAACAAUGUAAACAACAACAACAACAACACCCACAACAACUACAACAACAUUUGAUGUCCAUUUCAUCACCACCACCACCAUCAUCAUUAACAACAGCAACGACGAUGAAUAUUUCAACAUCAUCGACAACUACGACAACGAUGGCUUCAACAAAUGUCCAACAUUGUUCACCAACAACACAAUCAUCAACAUUGACAGCAGCAGCAGCAGCCAAUUGUUUAUUUCCACAAUUAUUAGCGGCAGCCGCAUCAUCAACAACAUCACCAACAAUAUCAGCGGCAUCAACAUCAACAACAACGGCGAUGAAUAGUCCACAACAAUUAUUACCAUCGAUGGCUACUAUUCAACAAUUACAGGCACAAUUAUUGCUUCAGAAUCAGGGACUAUUUCCACCGAAUAUUCUAGCACAAGGUUUACAGAAUUUAGCUGCCACAAGUGCAGCGGCUGCAUUUCUUAAUUCCCCAGUAUCAAAAGGUUCCAUUCCAAGUCCAUCAGCACCAAGUCCAACAUUGACCGGUGGUACAAUUAAUCAUCAUUCACAUCAUCAUCAUCACCAUGAUGAUCAUAAAUCUCCAUCGAAUUCUUUAGAACAUCGAUUAAAUCUUUUAUCAUCAACAUCGCCAAAUCCAUCAUCUUCGAAUUUGAUCCACCAUAAUAAUCACCCAUUAUCACAACAUUCAAUUCCUCAUCAUCAUCAUUUAAAUUCACCUGGAUCAUUAUUACAGACAUUACAAACAUGUCAAACACCAUUAAUAUCUGGACAAUCCAUCAACAACAACAACAAUACGAGCAACAUUUCAUCAAAUACAAUCGGUUAUGAAUGUUCCAUUUCAAGUCCAUCACGAGCAUCGGAAGCUAUUAACAUUAGCAGCAUCAGCAACAACAACAACAGCAGCAAUAAUAAUAAUAAUAACGUUGGUCAAUUAUCGCCCACACAAUUAUUACAACAAUAUCAUAAAAAUGUUAGUAGCCUAACAACUGGAUCAAAUAAUUUGCUCAUUAUGAAUGAUACAAAUAAACAGCAGCAGCAACAACAACAAAGUAAUCAUCAUCAAAAUAACCAAUCAAAUGGUAAUACAAAUAUUAUUGAUUCGAUUGGAUCAACGAUUAGUCAUUCACAUCAUCAUUCAAAUAAUCAUCAUAAUCAUAAUCAUCAUCAUCAUCAUCAUCAUCAUGGAACAAAUACACAAUCUAAUCGUAGUAUUCGUUCACCAUCAACAUCACAGACAUCUACUUCAUCAUCAUCAUCAACAACAGCCGGCCAUCAUAGUCAUAAUCAUCAUCAUCCACAUCAAACAUUAUGUAAAGCAGCAUCAACAAUGCCAUCGGCUGUAUUGAUGAAUAAUCAACAAUCGACUGGACAAUCAGGACAACAACAGCAACGGGCUAAUAGUAAUAAUAAUACAAAUAAUAAUAGUGGUACGGGUACGGGUAACAAUAGUAUUAGUGAACUUAAUCCCGAUGAAAUGACCGACCUUGAAGAGCUUGAACAAUUCGCUAAAACAUUCAAACAAAGACGUAUUAAGCUUGGCUUUACACAGGGAGAUGUUGGCUUAGCAAUGGGUAAAUUGUAUGGAAAUGAUUUUAGUCAAACUACCAUUUCUCGUUUUGAAGCAUUGAAUCUAAGUUUUAAGAAUAUGUGCAAAUUAAAACCAUUAUUACAACGAUGGCUUGAAGAUGCUGAUGCUUCAUUGAAUAAUCCAGGUGGAUCUGUAUUAGGAAAUGGUGGUAAUAAUGGUGGUGUUGGUGGUGCUAAUGGUGGUUCAAUUGCAUCUGGAUUAUUAAGUGGUUCAGGAUCAUUACAACCAGGUAAUGGUAAUGGACAUGGUAUAUCCGGUAUUUCCGGUACAGGAUCAUCAACUAAUGGAUCAUCAAGUGGAUGUGCAAUUCCAUCAGUAGAUUCAUUGAGUGGACGUAGACGUAAAAAACGUACUAGUAUUGAAACCAGUACACGUGUAGCAUUAGAAAGAGCAUUUUUACAGAAUCCAAAACCAACAUCCGAAGAAAUAACAAUGUUAGGCAAUUCAUUGUGUAUGGAAAAAGAAGUGGUACGUGUUUGGUUCUGUAACCGUAGACAGAAAGAAAAACGUAUUAAUCCACCAACGACAACAUCAUCAGCAUCAAGUGGUGCAGCAUCCAAUUCACCGGGACCUAGUUCACCAUUAUCAUUAGUAUUUGGUGGACAAAAUUUUCUUGAUGAACAAGAUGAUGAUGAUUAUAUUGAUUAUGAUGAUGACGACGAUGACGAUGACGAAGAUUAUGAUGCUACAAAUGAUGGUUUGAAAAAUAAUCUACAUUUUACUGGUCAUUUCUCUAAUCUUAAUCAUCAAUCUAGAUUUCAAUCAAUUAAAUCUGAAGAUGAUUUUCAACAGGACAUAACAAUGAAUAAAUUAUCAAAACAACGAGAUAAUUCAUCAUUAAAAACUGGCAAUAAUAAUGGAAGACGAAAACAAAGUCAACAUUCAAUUAAUCAUAAUCGUCAUAGUAAUAGUGUAUCACCAACCACCAUAGCCACAACAACAAUUCCAUUAGAUCAAUUGGAAUUGAAUCAACAACAACAACAACAGACACAUGUAUAUAUUACAAUAGUCUGUAGUAGUAGUAGUAGUAGUAGUAGUAUCAGUUGGUGUUGCCGAUGUUGA